AUGACGAUUAUGACUUCUAUGGACAUUGACUCCCCUUCAACCCCUAUUAUGGCCAUUACUCCUGUAAUUCAUCCUGAUAACAAUGAAGCUCCCAUUUCCGAGGAGCAGCCCAAUAAACGCAGAAGAAAGAAGUCGAUUGUUUGGGAACACUUCACCAUAGAAACUGUUGGUGCUGGUUGUAUGAGGGCCUGUUGCAAGCAGUGCAAGAAAUCAUUUGCUUAUAUAACUGUUCAAUAUGGUGAGGUUCAACACCAUUCAAGGGAAUGUGUGGCAAUAUACCUAAGGGAAAAGCAAAACCGGUUGAAUCUUAUCAGCGGGGUUCCUGGACGAGUCAGCCUUACAUUGGAUUUAGGGAUCUCAAACUUUAAUAUUGGCUAUGCUUUUGUAACAGGACACUUCAUUGAUGAUGAGUGGAAUUUGCAUCGCCUUGUACUUAAUGUUGUCAUGCUUCCUUUUCCUGAUUCAGAUUAUGCCUUCAAUCAAGCUAUAGCGUCUUGCAUAUCUGAUUGGAAUUUGGAGAGCAGGCUAUUUACCCUUACCCUUGAUCAAUCCUUUUCAAAUGAAACUAUGGUAGGAAAUCUCAGAGGCCCUCUAUCUGUCAGAAAUCCACUCGUGUUGAAUGGUCAAUUGCUGAAAGGGAAUUGCUAUGCUCGUGUUUUAAGUCGUCUUGCACAAGAUGCAAUUGGAGCAAUGGGGGAAGUUACCAGGAGAAUCCGUGAAAGUGUGAAGUAUGUGGAAACCUCAGAUACACAUGAUGAAAAGUUUGCAGAGCUGAGGCAACAACUUCAAGUCCCUAGCACAAAAGAGCUCAUCAUUGAUGAUCGAACCAAAUGGAACACUACUUACCAAAUGCUGGUGGAAAUUCUCUGCACAUAUUUGAAGCUUUUCUAUGAUGCAGCUUGCAUUUUAACUGGCCCAACAUAUCCUCCUGCUAGUGCAUUUUAUCAUGAAGUGUUCAAAAUCCAGCUAGAGCUGACACAUGCAGCCAUGAGUCAGGAUCCCUUUGCCUGCAACCUGACCAAACCUUUGAAAGAGAAGUUUGAUCAAUAUUGA